CUCCCUCACUACCGCCCCGGGUGAAAGAUCCGGAGGCAGGGGAGAAGAUGAGCAGCGAGGCGCUGUGGCUUUUCAAGCAACUGAACCUCCACCUGGAGCAGGAGGGGCGCUUCCAGCCCCGCGAGAAGGGGCUCAGCCUCAUCGAGUGCGCCGCCGAGAAUGAAAAUACCCUGUGUCCCAGACAAAGGAAUGCCAAGGUGGAAGAUCUUUGGAGCCUCACCAACUUCUUCGGGUUUGCGACUGAAACGUUUGUUCUGGCUGUUAACAUUCUGGACAGGUUCCUGGCUCUUAUGAAGGUGAAACCAAAGCAUUUAUCCUGCAUUGGAGUUUGCUGUUUCCAGCUGGCUGCCCGAGUGGUGGAAGAAGAAUGCAAUAUUCCCUCUGCUCACGAGCUGAUCCGGAUCAGCCAGUGUAAAUGCACUGCGUCCGACCUGAAGCGGAUGGAGAAGAUCAUUGCAGAGAAGCUGCACUUUGAAUUUAAAGCUACUACUGCCUUAACUUUCUUGCACUUGUACCAUUCUAUUGUACUCUGUCAUACCUCAGAAAGGAAAGAAAUCCUGAGUCUUGACAAAUUGGAAGCACAGCUUAAAGCUUGCAAUUGUCGCCUGGUCUUCUCCAAAGCAAAACCAUCUGUCUUGGCCUUGUGCCUUCUCACUCUGGAAGUUCAGACUUUGAAAUCUGUUGAGCUGUUGGAGAUCCUUCUGCGAGUUCAAAAGCAUUCAAAGAUCAGUGAUAGUGACCUACUUUACUGGAGGGAGCUGGUCUCAAAAUGCCUGGCAGAUUAUUCUUCCCCUGAAUGCUGCAAGCCUGAUCAUAAGAAGCUGGUUUGGAUUGUUUCGAGGCGCACAGCCCAGAAUCUGCAGAACAGUUACUACAGUGUUCCUGAGCUGCCAACCAUCCCAGAGGGGGGAUGCUUCAAUGAGAGUCACAGUGAAGACUCCUGUGAAGAUAUGAGCAGUGGGGAAGAAAGCCUCAGCAGUUCUCCUCCAAGUGACCUGGAAGGCAGCUUCUUCUUUGAUCUCAAACCUAAAGCAAAGUGGCAACCUCUUAGUUGUCGAUCUUGAUUGUGUUGGGUUGAGAUUUUUAAUGCACCAUAGAGGCUUUUGGCAAUAAUAAAUGAGGUGGUAAACUGUAUUUAAGGCAAGAAUUGCUGUGGUAUAUCAGUGCUUUGAAUGCCUGUCUCAGUGGGUUUUCUGGUUUUCUUUUUGUUGUAAUUUUAAGGAAGAAAAAAAAAUCUUCAAGUCCUCAGCAGAAGAAAACCCUAAUGGGUAGUUCUGUUGUCAAGAGGCAUAAUUGCUCUUGUAGCUGGUGGGCCAGAAUGCUUAGCAUCUAAUCAUGGGCUGUGUUAACAGCUGCAUAACCAGCAGACUGAGGGAAGUAGGGGUUUGUCCUCCCUUUGCUUGGCUUUGUUCCCAUUUGGGCUCAAGAUGUUGACCAACUUGUGCAAGUCCAGCAGGAAGAUGGCUCAGCAAUUUUGGGCACAGGACCUGUGGGGAGAGGCUAAGCAAAAGGAGCUUGUGCAGCCUUUGGGGGAUUGACAGCAACCUUUGGUAUGGAAGAGAGGAGAUUGCUAGGGAGGAGAUGACUUGAGGGUCUUGACUGAGAAGUGAGGAUGAGAGGCUUUAAACUGAAGUUCUCAGUUCAUGGAGGUUUGCUCCAUGGGGGGAUAGUCAAGCAUAGGAAUGGACCAGGAGAGGUUGUGCAGGCUUUUUUCUGGGAGGUUCUUGAGUUUCAGCAUGGUAAAGCCCAGAGCUUGGUAUGAGUUGAGCUUUGAGCAGCAAGUCCUCUCGAGGGCACCUCCACUCCUUAGUGUUUUGGGAUUAGAUCCAGCUGCCCAGAGCAGGUGGUAUGGAAUGAGACAUAAACACAGUACCAGGCUGAAACAUUUAAUGUCAGAUGGGUCAGGUGCUGAAACUGCUUUAAUGCUUUGUGCUCUGCUCCUUUGCAAGCUGGAUUUGAGUUGUGUACACCAAGCAGAUUUUCUUUUGAAAAAGCUUGGGGUUUAGGAACUUGAGGAAUCCCUGUUGCCUAACAGGAGUGUGCAUGGCAAGGAGGAGCUUCCUGGUCAGCAGGAAUUUUUCUCUGAAGGAUAGGAUGAAGUGAGCAAUUCCCUAUUUUCUUUAACACAGCUCUUUUCACCCUGCAAUCCACGUUGUGUAUUCCCUCAGCAUGUUUCUACUCUUGAACAGGCCAAAUCCAUCCUGUUAGACUUAGGAACAUGCUAAAGCUUGAUAAGUCUGCAUUCCUUCUCCUAUUUAACCCUUGUAGUUGCUUUUCAGUAUAUUCAUGUUAUUAUUGAGUCAUUAAUCAGACUUGUUUGCAUGCUUCUGUGAAAAGCAAUUAGUGCAGGAAAAGUUGCUCUCUUGCAGUCAAAUCAGGUAAAUGUGAUGUUGAUGAAGUAGUUGAUGUAAUAAUGGCUUCUUCCCCCCCCCCCCCUUUUUUUUUCCUCUCUUGUUUUCUUUCCUUGAAGCACAAAUUAAAAGUAUGGUUGUGUUUCUCUCUUACUGAAGGAGGUAGGAAACUAAAGAAGGUAGGAGACUAAAUUAGCUGAGAGUAAGGAUGUGAAGUGUGGUGGUGGUGCCAAAGUAGAAAUGAAGAAGCCAAAAAGCUCAAGGCUGUUUUGUGGGGGAGGAAUGUUAUUGUUAGGAGGGGGAAGAGCAGUGCUGUAAGUUGAUAACUGUUCUGUGAUUUCUCAAUUAAAAGAAACAUAAGUUUACAAAAAUGUAUAUAAAAAUGUAAAUGAAAAAAAAUGUACAGGAAAAAAAAAGAAAAAAAUUCAAACCAAACCCCUGGGUGGUAAAUACUGUAUUUUUUUACACUGUAUGUAACUUUUUUGUAGGUAUGUUGCAUGUAGAUAGUAAUUUAUUGUGCUCCUCUGUAUGAUAUAAGUACUGUACAUCUGAAAAGGCUUCUUCCUGCCAGGAGAGCUCCUUUCUGAAAUGGAGUACUUGGGGUGCAGGUAAUGGACCUGCUGAGUCUUGUUUGAGAACAAAAAUAAACCAAGUG